AGGUCCUAUCGCAGCUCCCAGGGGCCCUGCCGCGGGCGGGGCCAGGCUCGCCCUGGAGACCACAACCCGCCCGCCCAGACCCAGCCCCUGGGACUCUACUGAAAACCUAUAAGUAUUCAGGGACACUCUUAUGAAGAAAUCGCUCUCUAGACCUUCCUACAGGAAACCAUGGUGAAGACAGUGGCCAUCGUCGGAGCAGGUGUCAGUGGCUUGGCUGCCAUACGCUGCUGCCUGGAAGAGGGGCUGCAGCCCACCUGCUUUGAAAGGGGCAACGAUGUUGGGGGCCUGUGGAAAUUUUCGGACCAAACGGAAGAAGGCAGAGGCAGUAUUUACACUUCGGUAUUCACCAACUCUUCUAAAGAGAUGAUGUGCUACCCAGACUUCCCAUACCCUGACGAUUACCCCAACUUCAUGCACAACAGCAAGCUCCAGGAAUACAUAAAGACAUUUGCCCAAAAGAAGGAUCUUUUAAGAUACAUACAAUUUGAGACACUGGUUACUAGAAUCAAGAAAUGUCCCAGCUUCUUACUGACUGGCCAAUGGGAAGUUGUUACGGAAAAGAGUGGGAAGCAGGAAACUACUACUUUUGAUGCCGUGAUGGUUUGUUCGGGACAUCACGCAUACCCCAAUCUGCCAAAGGAUUCUUUUCCUGGCCUGGACCAGUUUCAAGGUCACUGCUUCCACAGCUGGGACUAUAAGGGCCCAGACACCUUCAAGGGGAAGAGGGUCCUUGUGAUUGGCCUGGGGAACUCGGCAUGUGACAUUGCUGUUGAGCUCAGUCGUCUGGCUGCACAGGUCAUCAUGAGCACCAGAAGUGGUUCCUGGAUCAUGAGCCGGGGUUGGGAUGAUGGAUAUCCCUGGGACAUGGUGUGCAUUACCCGCUUUGCAUCCUUUCUCCAGAGUGUCCUUCCUUCAUUUGUCUCUGACUGGUUAUAUGUCAAGCAGAUGAACUCACGGUUUAAGCAUGAGAACUAUGGCCUGAUGCCUUUAAAUGGCACCCUGAGGAAAGAGCCUGUGUUCAAUGAUGAGCUGCCAUCGCGCAUCCUGACUGGUGACGUGUCCAUCAAGCCCAGUGUGAAGAAGUUCACGGAGACCUCUGCCGUGUUUGAGGAUGGGACCGUGUUUGAGGCUGUUGACUUUGUCAUCUUCGCCACAGGCUAUCAUUACAACUACCCCUUCCUCGAUGACUCCAUCAUCAAGAGCAGAAACAAUGAGGUCACCUUGUUUAAAGGCGUAUUCCCCCCGCUGAUGGAGAAGCCAACCUUGGCUGUGGUUGGCCUUGUCCAGUCCCUCGGGGCUGCCAUCCCCACAGUUGACCUGCAAGCCCGCUGGAUUGCUAAAGUGUUUACAAACUCAUGUAGCCUGCCAACUACCAAGGAAAUGAUGGAUGAUAUUGAUGAGAAAAUGGUGAAAAACCUCAAGUGGUUUGGCCAGGGCCAGACUCUGCAGACGGAUUACAUCACAUACAUGGACCAGCUGGGCUCCUUCAUAGGAGCCAAGCCUAACAUUCCAUGGCUCUUCCUGACUGAUCCCCAGCUGGCCCUGGAGGUGUACUUUGGUCCUUGUAGCCCAUACCAGUUUCGACUUAUGGGACCGGGGAAGUGGGAUGGGGCCAGGAAUGCCAUCCUCACCCAAUGGGACCGGACGCUGAAGCCAACCAGAACGAGAGCUGUCAGUAAAGCUUACAGGCCCCAACCUUUUUACAACUUGCUUAAAAUGCUUUUAUUCCCACUGCUUCUCCUGACUGUGUUGCUUACGUUUUAUUAGCGAGAAAGUUCUGUGGGUCUCAGAAUUCAGCCUAGCACUACAAUUGCAGACAUGCCUAGACACAUCCACAUGCAAAACCUCACAGCUGCUCUUGCCCUUCCUGCAGACACACAAAUGAAUUCCAGCACAUUUGAUUCAAAGUCUAAAUAAAAUGAAAAGUACUCAG